UUUUUCCCUUUUACUCCUCUUAUUUUCCCUAUCAGCGGACAUGGAUUUGAAUCAACUGGAGGCUUUUCUCACUGCCCAAACCAAAAAACAAGGUGGCAUCACAUCAGAUCAAGCUGCAGUCAUUGCAAAAUUUUGGAAGAACCACCGAAUAAAGAUCCAUGAGAGCCUGAUCAAUCAAAGCUGUUGGGAUAAUAUCUUGAAAAACAUGAACUGGCGAGUGGAUCUGAAGUCACAGUCAAGACACGUCGAUCAGAUAAACACUCCUGUUGCACUAGUUGAAAUGGAACUGGGAAAAAAUGGGCAGGUAAGCUUUCUUUUGGAAAAAAAUGUAAACCUGAUUUAG